AACGAAAGGAAAGGCCACAAUGAAUGUUUGGAUGAUAUCUACUCUGUUCCUUCUGUCUUUGAUCUGUAUUGUGUCUGGACACGGUGAUGAAACGCAUGAUGAAUUUCAAGGGGAUCCGUACAGCAAUGAUGGAUGCGAUCAAACCAGAGGAUGCUUUGGGUGCAGCGGGGGUAGUGUACCCUGUGAUGUGAGUGUCGCAUGGGAGCCAAACCCACAUAUAGGCGCGGUCAAAUUCACACUGUGGGGGCAGAAGGUCCAGGACAACGCCCACGUAUCAGUAGGGAUAACGAGAAGUCAAAGUAUGGAUGAAGCUGAUGUGUAUACGUGUAUCAGUGAUGACUCUGGAAUGGGCAUGGCAAGAUCAUGGAAUCCAACAACUGGUCGGACAACAAUUCAGCAGCCACUGAAAGGUGUCUUUAAUCAAGAGGUUACUGAAGUUAAUGGAGAGAUCCGUUGUCAGUUUUACCGGAAUAUGUCGCUGAAUGAUGGAGAUGAGAUGUUCUUUAAUAUUAACGGCACCAACUACUUUCUCAUUCUGUCAGCUGGCAGUGCAAGUGGUGGCCAGGGUCAAGGACACAGUCCAGGUGCAAACAGAGGCGUGUCAUCGACCGAGAUUGACCUUUCUCAGACGUUCUCUGCAGAAGCUGGAGAAGAGGAUGCUUUCUUGAUGAAAUUACAUGGUUGCCUGAUGAUUAUUGCUUGGCUGGGUCUAGCAAGCGCCGGUCUCACCAUGGCACGUUACUUCAAACCAAUGUGGCCAGACUCCAAACUCUGUGACGUUAAAAUCUGGUUCGCUAUGCAUAGAGCAUGGAUGGUAUUAGCAGUGUUGCUGUUCACAAUCGCUUUCAUCGUUAUAUUCGUUCAUGUUGGUGGAUUUCUAGAGCUGAGUGAAACUGCUGAGGGUCGUCGACGCUUUUCCCAUGCUAUACUAGGAGUGAUUGUAACAGCUCUUGGCAUCAGUAAUCCUGUCAUGGCCAUCUUUAGGCCGCACCCCGGUACUCCUAACCGACCAAUUUUCAACUGGGCUCAUUGGGCAGUAGGAAUCAGUGCUCUUAUUUUAUCAUUCGUGACGAUAGGCCUCGCCCUGGUCCCUAUUGAUGGUAAGAACAUACUCACCAACCUUCAGGGUUAUACCUUCUAUGUUCUCAUCGGGUUCUGUGUCUUCAUGGCCGUCAUGUGGAUAAUCUUUGAAUUAGUUCGAUGUGCCACAGACAGCGAAGGACGCACUGAUGAUAUUCCUCUGGGUGACAAGAAUGAGUCCGUACAAGUGUCGGAUGACAGAAGCCCUUCGGGUUAUUAUGCAAGGUCUUCUCAUGAAAGAAUACAGACGACGAGAGAGGUGCAGUACUACCAAAAAAAAAUCAACACAAAUUUUUUGAAAAACAUAAAAAUGAAAUCAUACUCCCAUGUUUGCAUUGUAUGCUUCUUUUCAUUCUAAUUGGGUUUUUUUCUCUUUUUUUGUUGUU